GGGGAGCUGCAGGCUAUGCACCGAGCACAGGGACGCAGCGGCACGAGUAGGGCCGGUGGCGAGCCUCGGGCAGCCCCGCCGAGCCCUGGCAUCCCCCCGAAGCGCGCCAAGGUCACGGCAGAACCGGGGCCGCCCCAGGAGGGCUCAGCUCGCCUGGCAGCACCGUGUUUUGUGAGGAAACUGAAGAAUGCAGCGAUCGGCACCGGCUGUGACAUCCGGCUGCGAGUGGUGGUGGCGGGCAGCCCCCGGCCCAGCCUCCGCUGGUACCGAAACGAGGAGCAGCUGGCCCAGGGUGGCGAGGAGUAUGGCACCCUCUGGAUCCGGGACAGCAAGAAGGAGGAUGCCGGUGUGUACACAUGCGUCGCUGAGAAUGAGCAGGGAGAGGCCAUGACCAGUGCUGUGCUGGCCAUCAUUGACAUGGAAGACUCGGAGACAGGUGAAGAUGAAUCCAGCGACCCCCAGGUGACACAGCGCAGUGAUCUCCAGGAUGAGACAGCCUUCAGCACCCCCACGGGUGGGUCUGACACCCUUGUGGAUGCCUCCAUGAACACAACACCAACCUCGGUGCUGGCCCUGUCACAGGCAGAGGAGCGCUCCAGCUGGUCAGGCAGCCAGCAGACCGUGGUGGAGAAGGAGACGGACGCCAGCCUCUCUGCACGGGGACCUUACCUCCGUCCUGCUGCCUGGCCGCAGCCGCAGGGAACCCCAAGGCAAGCAAACACGCCGGCCCCACGUGGCGCCGAGGUGCGGCACCUGGGCGUGGAGCCGUUGGUGCGGGCAUCACGGGCUAAUCUGGUGGGCACGAGCUGGGGGUCAGAGGAUAGCCUUUCGGUGGCCAGCGACCCGUACGGCAGCGCCUUCAGCCUGUACCGAGGACGGGCGCUCUCACUCCAUGUCAGCAUCCCCCAGGGAGGCUACCGGAGAGAUGACCUUCACAGAGGCCCUGUCUCUCCAAAGCCUGGUGCAGAGCCCCCAAGAUCCCCCGCUGCCCUGCCGCUGACCGCCAAGCCACCCAUCGUCCGCUCGCCAUCUCCUCGUGCUGGCACAUGCCUGCAGCCACCCACGGGCAUCGUGUCCCAGCCUGCUGCCCGUGGCCCUGGCGUCCCCUCCUUCACACCCGUGACCCCUCGCAAGAAGUCCUCGGUCCCGGUAGAGUAUCAGGACGUUGUUCCUGAGGAGUACGAGGAGAAGAUCAAGAAGCCCAAGUCCUCUGGGUACUCACAGGGCAGCACACAAGAGUCCCGUCCGCAGACACCCAUGAGUGACACCUCUGGCCGCAUCUCCGUUCGGGCAUCCCCCAAGCUGGUGCGUGCUGGCUCCAGAAUCUUUGAGAGGCUGCAGUACUUUGAGGAGCGGCAGAGGAGCCUGGAGCAGGACAGUCCCUUUCCCGCACGCUCCAACCUGCCCCUGCGCAAGACGCGCUCCUUCGACCAGCCUGGCACUGGCUCGCGCCGUGCCAGCACUCCGGGUGGCUCACGGGAGGACCUGCGGGAAGGUGGCCGCUGGGAGCCGGGCAGCACGGCAGCGUGCCGGCGUUUGGCCUUCCGGCAGAAAGCCGCAUCCUUUGACGAGCGGGGCAAGUUCGCCAACCGCGUCUAUGCCAUCGAGCACAAGUUUGCAGAGGAGCUGACCCGCAUCAAGCGGACAGUCUCCAAGCAGCAGCUGCGGCGCUCCCAGGAGCUGUGCAAAGCCGGGUUGCCUCCGGCACCCUCACCCCCAGCGACCAGCGAGCCUCCUGCACCCCGUGCCCCCCGCACCUCUUCCUCUCAGGGCGCCGGCGGACGCAAGGCACUGCCACCCAAGACCUGCCCGCCGGCAGAGAGCACACACGUCAUCCAGCACCUGGCACUUUCCAGCGUGGUGUUGGUGGGACCUGAUGGGGAGCCACUGCCAGGGGGGCAGCGUGGGAAGAGAGCCCCAUUGGGGGGGGGUGGUGUGGCUGGACUGCCCAGCUCAGCGGAGGAUGCAGGUGCCAGGAGGAGUCUGCAGCAAGAAGGCAUUGGGGAAGUGAAGAAGAAGGAGCAGUGGCCGUUGGCACAAGCCAGCCCGCAGGGAAGGGUGCCCCUCUCGCAGGCGGGUCCCGCCGAAGGCAGCCCGUACCCAGAUGGAGGCCCUGCCCGUGGCCCUGGGGCAGUGAGUGAAACCCUGGCUGCCCGACUGGCUGUGCCCCACGGACUGUACCGGCGGCCAGAGACGCCCACAGAAGUGCGGUUCCUGCCUUGGGCAAAGCCAGGGAUGGAGCAGGAAGCUCGUCUGGAACGAAGCUGGGCAGGACAGCAUGGUGUGGGCAGGGAGGUGGAGAGAAGGCAGAUGAAAGUGUCAGAGAAGAAAGAGAGUGGCCGGAUGGCUCAAGAAGGCAGGAGCACACGGAGCAAGGGGAAGGGACGCCGAGCCAGGCCCACCUCUCCAGAGCUAGAGUCCUCAGAUGACUCCUAUGUGUCAGCGGGUGAAGACCCCCUGGAAGCCCCCAUCUUUGAGAUCCCCAUCCAGGACAUGACAGUGGUCGUGGGGGCAGAGGUGCUGCUCAAGUGCAUUGUCACAGCCAACCCCCAGCCAGAAGUGUCCUGGAGGAAGGACGAUGCGUCUCUCUCUUUCUCUCUCUCUCUCCCCCCUCCCCGGGCAGCUCGCCCCGAGUGCCAGUCCCUGGCCAUCGUGGUUCCCCUGCAGGACUUGGUGGUCGGGGCGGGGGAGCUGGCGGUCUUUGAGUGCAUGGUGGCCGGCCCGCCAGACAUGGACGUAGACUGGCUGUCCCGGGGCCGGCUGCUCCAGCCUGCCCUGCUCAAAUGCAAGAUGCAUUUUGAUGGGCGCAAGUGCAAGCUGCUGCUCACCUCUGUGCAUGAAGACGACAGCGGAAUCUACACCUGCAAGCUCAGCACUGCCAAAGAUGAGCUGACCUGCAGCGCCCGGCUGACGGUGCAGCCCUCUGUGCAGCCGCUCUUCACCCGCAAGCUGGAGGAUGUGGAUGUGGUGGAAGGGCGAACAGCGCGUUUUGUCUGCAUGAUCAGUGGCACUCCUCCUCCCACAGUUACCUGGACUCACUUUGGCCUGCCAGUGCAGGAGGGGGAGAACGUGAGGAUUCAGCAGGAUGGAGGGCUGCACUCACUGGUCAUCGUGCAUGUGGGCAGUGAAGAUGAAGGGCAGUACAAGGCAACCGCCAGGAACACCCAUGGCCAUGUGGAGUGCUCUGCUGAGCUCUAUGUGGAGGAGCCACGGCCGUCUGCAGCCUCCCAGAUCUCUAAGCUGGAGAAGAUGCCAUCCAUCCCAGAGGAGCCAGAGCAGGUGGAGACAGAGGCAGAGUGCUUCACCAUGCCCGAUUUCCUGAAACCACUGCACAACUUGGACGUGGUGGAGUCAAAGGAGGCUGUGCUGGAGUGCCAGGUGGCCGGGAUGCCCUACCCCUCCAUCACCUGGUACCACAAUGGCUCCCGAAUUGACAGCACUGAUGACCGCAAGAUGAUGCAAUAUAAGGACAUCCAUCGUCUGGUAUUCACGGCUGUCAGCCACGCGCAUGCCGGUGUCUACAAAAGUGUCAUUGCCAACAAAGUGGGGAAGGCCACGUGCUAUGCACACCUCUAUGUCACCGAUGUGGUGCCAACCCCCCCAGACGGGCCCCCCACUGUGGCCUCAGUGACCGGCAGAGCCAUCACGCUGACCUGGAACAAGCCCAAGUGGCUGGACGCUGCCAUAGACCCCAAUUCAGUGACCUACGUGGUGCAAAUGCAAGUGCUGGGCACGAUGCAGUGGGUGGUGCUAGUGACCGGUGUGCAGGACACCACCUACACAGUGCACAGGCUGACCAAGGGUGCCCAGUACCUCUUCCGUGUCAUCACUGCUACUCCCAAGACCAACAGCAAGCCCUCCCCACCUGUGGGGCCCGUGCAGCUCCUGGACCGGGGUCCUUACCUGGAGGAGGCCCCAGUCAUCCUGGACAAGCCAGAUGUGGUAUAUGUGGUAGAAGGCCAGCCAGCCUCCAUCACCAUCACCAUCAACCAUGUGGAGGCCACCGUCACCUGGAAGAGGGGUGGGCAGGUGCUGGGGGAACUGGAGGGCACGUGCGAGAUGAUGAUGCCAGACGAUGACCAGCACUGCCUGCGGCUGCUGCGUGUGGGCCGGGGGGCUGGGGGGCUGCUGGCCUGUGAGGUGAGCAACCGCCACGGCACUGCCCAGUGCAGCCUCCGCCUCCGCCUCGCAGAGGCACCGCGUUUUGAGUCCAUCAUGGAGGACAUUGAUGCCCAGGAAGGGGAGACACCACGAUUCGCUGUGGUGGUGGAGGGGAAACCGCUGCCAGACAUCAUGUGGUACAAGGAUGGGGAGCUGCUGGAGGAGAGCAGCCACCUGAGCUUCGUAUAUGAGGACAACGAGUGCUCGCUGGUGGUGCUGGGUGCUGCCGAGCCUGACAGUGGUGUCUACACCUGCACAGCCAAGAACCUGGCUGGGGAGGUCUCCUGCAAAGCAGAGCUGCUGGUGCGGGCAGCCCAGCCCACUGCUGAUGCCACCAUGGAGGAGGAUGCACUGCACAAGGCACGACGCCUGACCGACUACUACGAUGUGCACGAGGAGAUCGGGAGGGGGGCUUUCUCCUAUCUGCGGAGGGUGACAGAGAAGAGCACCCGGCUGGACUUCGCUGCCAAGUUCAUCCCUGGGAGGACCAAGGCCAAGCAGUCAGCGCGGCGGGAGCUGCACAUUCUCUCUCAGCUGGACCACGAGCGCAUUGUCUUCUUCCAUGAUGCCUUUGAGAAGAAGAACGCUGUCAUCAUGGUCAUGGAGCUCUGCUCUGAAGAAGAGCUACUGGACAGGAUGGUGAGGAAGCCCUCAGUGUGUGAGUCGGAGGUGCGGUCGUACAUGCGGCAGGUCCUGGAAGGGAUCUGCUACCUGCACCAGCACAGUGUCCUGCACCUGGACAUCAAACCAGAAAACCUCCUGAUGGCAGAUUUGAGCAGCGAACAGAUCCGGAUCUGCGACUUCGGCAAUGCACAGGAGCUGACAUCUGAGGAGCCACAGUACUGCAAGUAUGGCACCCCUGAGUUUGUGGGCCCUGAGAUUGUCAACCAGACCCCUGUCUCCAGCGUCACUGACAUCUGGCCUGUGGGAGUUAUUGCAUACCUUUGCCUGACAGGGAUCUCCCCCUUCGUGGGGGAGAAUGACAAGACCACGCUGAUGAACAUCCGCAACUACAACGUAGCCUUUGAGGAGAGGAUGUUCCAGGGGCUCACCCGGGAAGCCAAGGGCUUUGUCAUCAAAGUGUUGGUCAAUGACAAGCUGAGACCCAAUGCAGAACAGACCCUGGAGCAUCCCUGGUUCAAGACACUGGCCAAGGGGAAGGUCAUCAGCACCGACCACCUCAAGCUCUUCAUCUCCCGUCGGAAAUGGCAGCGCUCACAGAUCAGCUACAAGUGCAACAUGGUGCUACGGCCGAUCCCAGAGCUGCUGGAGGACACGUCCAACCACCUUUCCAUUGCUGUGCCCCGGCAUCUCAAGGAGUCACCAGCACUGUCAUCUUCCUCAGACUCAGACGACCUGGAUGAGCUGCCCUUCAUCCCCAUGCCACACCAGGUGGAGUUCUCUGGCUCCCGCAUGUCACUCAAUGAGAUCCCCACAGAUGACGAGACCAUUGGGACAUCCGAGGGACUGCAGACGGAAGGGGAUGCAUCCGCCAUGGAGUGGCAGAGCCAGGGCACAGGAAAGCCCGGGGUGGCCCUGGGGAAGCGACCAAGAGGUGCUGGGCCACGACGACCAUGUGCAGAGGUGGAGGCGCCUGGCUCUUCCGACGAGGAAGCCCCUGAAGCUCAGAAGCGGCCGGAGUAUCCUCGCAAAGCCAUGAGGAAGGGUUCCAGCCUGGAGUCCCCAGGGAGUGCCCGUCGGGGGGAACUGAAGAGGGGCAGCUCUGCUGACAGUGCCCUGCUGCUCCAACAGCUCUCGGGGACCGAGGAGGGGGCUGAGGCAGCCCGGGACCCCCGCCGGGCCCUGGCCAAGGCAGCCUCCAUGGAGCUGCCAAGGCGGAAGGUGGUCUGGGGGGAGGACGAUCAUGCCCAGCGCCUGGAGCUGAUGCGCCAGCGGCUGCUGCGGGGCAGCUCUGGGGACAGCAAGGUCAGUGGCUUGCGGGGUCCCCUCCUGGAAACCCUGGGUGUCAGCCCUGACAAGAAAGCCUCACGGUCAGCCCGGCUGGAGGCACCAGCAGUGCCACGGCUGGUGCGGGCAGCCUCCAGUGAAGCCACCUCACCGCGCCUCCUCUCCACUGAGUGCCGCCUGCAGAAGAGCAGCUCCUUCAGCCAUGGGGACGCUGAGCCUGUUGUCCGGCACCGACGCUCUGGUGCACCCCUGGAGAUCCCAGUGGCCUGCCUGGAGGCCCAACGGCUCAAGGAAUCUCCCUCUCUCUCUGCGCUCUCCGAUGCUCGGCCCACAGUGUCACCAGACACCCCAAGCACACCAACACCCCCUCCGGUAGAGAUCACUGCUCCCCAGGCCUCCCCUGCAAAGGCUGCCUCAGGGAGAAGGCGCAUCCCUGAGGAACAUGGCCCACCUGGAGCCAGCAAGGCUGCCACUACCACAGGGAAGAAGCCCAUGGACAAAGGACAGGAAGAAAAGACAUCCACCAAGGCUGCUGGAGCCAGUGGGGAGGGGGCUGUCAGGACAGGAGCUCCUACCCCACCUAAGCCCACAACCUCAGUUCCCCAAACCCAUAUUAAAUCUUCCUAUGCCAAGAUGAUGCAAGCCAUGGGAGCCAUUCAAGGUGAGGAGCCAGCCACUGAGGAGCUCCCACCAGCCACCAACGAGCCCCCACCAAACAUCAAGGAGACCCCACCAGCCAGCCCUGCAAAGCCCCCUAUGCCAGCACCAGCAUCAAGGAGGGAGGUGAAGCCCACUGGCUCCUCCAGCUCUCUGGUUAUCCAGGACAUCGAUUCAGAGGAGGUCUUUGAGGCCAAGUUCAAGCGAGGCCGUGAAUCAUCUCUCACCCGGGGGCUGAAGCUCCUCACCCGCUCCCGCUCCGAGGACCGGCACCUGGCCGGACCUCCAGUCUCUGACGAGGGCAUCUACCGUCCUACACCAGCCGGCGUGCCCCUGGAGCUGCGCAGGGACCGGCCCACCGGGCUGGCAGCCAAGUCCAAGUCGGUGCAGGACCUGCACGAGGUGGAGAAAGACGGGGGCUUCUUCCGGAGGAUGUCUAUACUCCUCAAGCGGACCCCGCCUGCUGAGAGGAAGAAGAGCAUGGGGGAGGCCGGCGGCAGUGAGACUCCAUCUGCUGGGCGCCGCUUCUCCUGGAGCAUGGCUCUGGCCAGCUCCAGGGAGCGGAGGGACUCGGAGAGCCUCAAGUCAGAGCCGGGGGGUGGUGGAGAGAGCGAGUCACCGGCGGUGGCUGUGCGGAGGAAGAUCAGUGCCACGAUGGAGCGGGUAUCGGCGCGGCUGCGCAGCGUGUCGGAUGAACGGCCGGAGGGCGAGGGAUCCCGGGAACUCCGCCGCACCAGCUCCGAGGGCGAGAGCUUGCGACCAGGGCCCGUCCCCGCCCCCGCGCCCUCCUCUGAGUCCCUGCGCUCCGAGGCCAGCACUGGCUCCUCUGCCUCUGCCAAAGGUGGCGGUGACAGUCAGAAGAGGUCCCGCUGGGAGCGCUGGGGGCUCUCCCGGGGCAAGAAGGAGAAGACGGCCUCACAGCCCAGCAUCCCCUCCAGCCUUCUGCGGGAGGAGGGACUCGCCGCCGGCCGGCCACACACACCCAGUGAAUCGGAUUUCCCCCCUAUUUUCCACAUCAAGCUGAAGGACCAGGUGCUGCUGGAGGGCGAGGCGCUGACCCUUUGCUGCCUUCCUGCUGGCAGCCCAACCCCACGGAUCCUCUGGAUGAAAGACAAGAGGUCCCUGCAGCCAGACAGUGGGCUGAAUGUCGUCUCCUGCAAGGAUGGACGUCAGAUGCUCACCAUUGCCAAGGUCUCCAGGAAGGAUGCAGGGCUGUAUGAGUGUGCAGCCGCCAACAUCCUGGGCACAGCCAUCAGCUCCUGCACGCUGGCUGUGGCACGACUUCCUGGGCGGCCAGGCACCCCAGAGAUCCCACAGAAGUACAAGAACACGGUGCUGGUGCUGUGGAAGCCUGCUGAGAGCAAAGCCCCCUGCACCUACACACUGGAGCGCAGACUGGAUGGGGAGCAUGAGUGGAAGAUUGUCAGCACUGGUAUCACUGACUGCUAUUUCAACGUGACUGAGCUGCCUCCUGGGAGCACAGCCAAGUUUCGUGUGGCUUGUGUCAACAAGGCUGGGCAGGGACCCUACAGCAACCCCUCAGUAAAGGUGCAUCUUGAGGCAGCAGAUGCCCGAGCUGCCCCAGCCAAGGAUGUUGCUGUCCCUAUUCCUGAAAAGAUGGCUUCCAGCCGGUCAACCCAGACACCCGAGGAGCAGCUAGAGCCGGUGGCUGCACGGACCCCUCCCACCACACCGCCACGCAAGCACAAGGGAGUGGUACAGAAGGCAGCCGGAGCAGAACAGGAGAGUGUCCCCACAGGGGUCCUUCCAUCCCCUGCACCCCAAGAAGAGGGCAUGCGAUCAGAUCCUGAGCUUCCACCCAACAUCACUGUCUACGUGCCACCUGAGCUGAUGUUCACCCCCCCUCGGACUGCUGCCUCUCCUCAAACAGACUCCCCUGCUCAGGGCUCCCCGGCACCCUCCACGGACACUUCCCCCCUGCCCCAGGCUCCGUCUCCUUCCAAGUCCCCCACCAUUUCCCCAGUGUCAACCACGCCCAGCUCAGCCCCCACACCAUCUCCCACCCCCAACACCACACCUGCACGGAAGAUGCCUCCCUACAUGGUAACCUCCUUCAUCUCCAUGCCCCCCACUUCACCCCCUGCGCUGGAGCCCACGACCACUCCCCCAUCCUCCAAGGAGCCCCCAGCUGCUAGUGGGGUCCCAGGGGCAAAAGACAGCACAGCACUGAGGCAGGGUGUCCCCCAGAAGCCAUAUACCUUCUUGGAUGAGAAAGCAAGAGGCCGUUUUGGGGUGAUCCGGCUGUGCAAGGAGAAUGCCACAGGGAAGCACUUCAUGGCUAAGAUUGUGCCCUACGAGGCAGAGCGGAAGCAGAGUGUGCUGCAGGAGUACGAGAUCCUCAAGGCGCUGCACCACGAGCGCAUCAUGGCCCUGCAUGAGGCGUACAUCACCCCCCGCUACCUGGUGCUCAUCUGCGAGAACUGUGCUGGCAAGGAGAUCCUCUACAGCAUCGUGGACAGGUUUCGCUACUCGGAGGAUGAUGUGGUGACCUACGUACUGCAGCUCCUGCAGGGCCUUGAGUACCUGCAUGGCCGCCGCAUUGUGCACCUUGACAUCAAGCCAGACAACAUCAUCGUCUCAGGCACAAAUGCCCUCAAGAUCAUCGAUUUUGGCAGUGCCCAGACCUACAACCCACUUGUGCUGCGGCAGCUGGGGCGGCGUGCUGGCACCCUGGAGUACAUGUCGCCAGAGGUGGUGAAGGGGGACCCGGUGGGCUCUGCAGCAGAUGUCUGGGGCGUUGGCGUCCUCGCCUACAUCAUGCUCAGCGGGCGGUCACCAUUCUUUGAAGUGGACCCCAUUGAGACGGAGAACCGCAUCCUGGCAGGGCGCUUUGAUGCCUUCAAGCUGUACCCCAACGUCUCACAGACUGCUGCCCUCUUCAUCCGCAAGGUCCUCACUGUCCACCCCUGGAGCCGCCCCACGGUGAAGGACUGCUUUGCCAAUGCCUGGCUCCAGGACGCCUACCUGAUGAAGCUGCGCCGCCAGACCCUGACUUUCACUACCAACCGCCUCAAGGAAUUCCUGGUGGAUCACCAGAGGCGCCGCGGCGAGGCCGUCACAAAGCACAAGGUCUUACUCCGCUCCUACCAGGGCGGCCAGCCACCAGGGCCACAGUAACUGGUGCCUUGGCCACGGCCAUGAGGGGCCGGGGAGCCAGAGGAACAUUCCAUGGGCCGCGGUACGGGGCGGCUGAGGAGGAGCCGGGACACGCCAGGAUGAGUCCAUGGACCUCAUGUGCUGCUGUCAGGGAUGAUGGUGGCCAGCAGCAUCAUUUUGGCAGUGCCGAUGAAGAGGAGGUGCUGCAGCAGCCAGACCAGCAGUGGGGUCCAGCAGUGGGAGGGUGGUGGGAAGCCUUGCUGCAAGGAACGGAGAAUGUGGCAGAGGGUCGGGGGAAGAAUGGGAUGCAGACAGAGGGGCAUGGGAAGCCCCAGGUGGGAGGAGAAGAGCUGCCAGUUUCCCAGCCAGCCCUGGCCACAUGGGUCCCAUCAGCCGUGUGCCUUACACUGCAGCCUGCAGCUGCCGCUGGCCACGGUGUGGCAGUCCUUGUGCUCCCCCUGGUUUGCAAACCAGCACCAGAAGACUGAGGUUGCUCCAGUGGUUCCAGCAGAGAGGGGCUUGCUCACAAUCCCCUGCCAGCCAGCACAGCCCCAGUCCUUACAGCUGGGAGGGGGGGCUGCCAGCCUCCCACCUUCUCCUCUUCCCAGCCCUGGUCCUGGCAAGUGGGUUUGUGGCUCCAGGACCGAUGCCGGUGCCUUUCCUGGGGUUGUUUGCUGCACCCUGUGCCAAGGUGGGGGACUGGCAGGCACCCCCUCUUUGCAGGGGGGGCACCCAGGUGCCACGCACACCUCCUGUGUCUGCUCAGGCCAAUGCUGCUCAUGCUCUGCCCACCCAGCUCCAGACCUUCCCCUGUACCCCACAACCAGCCUGCCCGCCUGUCCCAGACCCCUAACACCUCCCACCUGACCCCGAGGUGCCUUGCCCUGCCCUGUGUCCCCUCCUCAGCCCUCCCCGGUGGGUGGCACGAUGCGGGGUGCCCUGAGCAGGGGGACAGGAACAGCGGCCAGGCACUCACCUUCGUCAUGCUGCUGUAGUGAUAGGGCUUUAUUUAUUGACUUUGGGAAGAAGGCGUAUGCUCAUUCCGAUCCCCAAUCCUGUCCCCUCCUCUCUGCCGGGCUCUGGAGUUGCCAAUGUCCCCAUGGUUUGGAGCACGCAACAUGCCAGAGCAGCAAUAAAGACCCUGAGCAGCC